AAAGAGCAGUAAGUUGUUAGUUGGUGUGCCGUGCCAUAGUAUAUGUAAGUAGGCCAAGUACCUAAUUUACAUUAUACAUUGUUAGUAUUCACUUUAGAAUUUCGACUUCAUCGAUUUUUCCUUUUUUCUUCGACACUUUCGACUUUAUACUUUUUUUUUUCUUUCCCUACUUUCGAACUUCCCGACCUUCUUUUUCUUUCUUUUUCGAAACCUUCUAAUUAAUACUCCGAUAGAAUUAGGUUUUCGUACUCACCGAGAGCUGUGUGGCAUGUUUGCCCCGCUCGAUACAACCUCAACAUCGCUCGUUUCGUCUAUUGCGCCGUGUAAAUUCUUUUCUAUUUAAUUCAGCAAAAUUAUCGUUAUUCACAAAUAUGGAAUAUCCGUGGCAAUCAGUUAUCGUGGCGAUUUUUGCCCUCCUAGGAGCGAUAGUGGUGGUUGUAUUAUGCGCUAGGUGGGGUGGAUGGUGCUCAUGUUCGGGGCGGCGGCGAACUACUACGAAUGAAAAGAAAUCAAAGCCUCCAGGCUUGCCGAAGUCGAUUCAGCAUGCGAUGACACAAUUAGAGGGCGUGACCGAGAAAAGAACCGGUCGUAAUCCGCAGACAGAAUCGGAAGAAGCCGAAUGCCCGAUAUGUCUUUCAUAUCUCUAUCCUAAAGAGAUACCCGCUGCAGCCACACCCACGACAAAUAGUGAAGUAGAUCUGGAGGCCGGGUUGUCGAGAACUACUACGUCAACUACCGAUACCGUUACGCAUGAAAAGAAGCGACAAUCUAUGCAGCCUGUCGAUGAUGAAGUACUGAAACUGAAAAGAUGUACACAUAUCUUCCACGCGAGGUGUCUAGCCACGUGGUUUCUGAGGAAAAAAUACGAUUGCCCCGUCUGUCGGACACCAUAUUACCAGGUGGUACCCGAAGUAGAGGAAGAAGAUUAUCGUAUGCAAGCAACAUUACCCGUCGUUGCUUUUUGGUAGACGGACUGACGGAAGAACCAAC